CUAGGCUCGUAUAUCGUACGAGUGAGGCAUCCAUAUUCAUCCGCUUCCUCUGAUAAACGCUUAAACAAGAAACCUAUCAUUGAUGUUUGGUGGCUCAGUGACGAUGGUGGACUAACCCUUCUUGUUCCGUAUCUUCUCACUCAACAAGGGAGCCGUCUCAAGGGAGCCAAUCUUCGUGUAUUCACUGUCGCCCCAGAGGGCGUUUCUGUCACAGCGGAAGAGGAACGAAUGGCUGCACUGUUAGAGAAAUUCCGUAUCCACUACAGUUACCUUCACAUGUUGGAGCCGUUCUUAGGUGAAAACAAAGAAGGACUAAUUUCUGAAGAAGAACUGACUCGAAUGCACAACAGAAUCGUCAGACAUAUUCAAACAGGGAUUCUAUUGCGGAGUUUUUCUUGCAAUGCAGAUUUAGUGGUGGUGUAA